AGUUCGUGGGCGCAAUAGCGCGUAUACACGUAUGCUGAUUAUAAUUUAUAGAAGAGUAAAAUCAGCUGCUGAGAGAAUUUUUACCAAUUCAUAUAUAACUCAUUUGUCAUGAUGACAACAAAGUUUGUAUUCAUAUCUUAUCGAUAAUAUUAGUUAAUAAUAUUAGUGGUGAGUGAAUAUAGUUGAUUCAGUUGUGAAGUACUACUAGGUGAUGUGUUCUUAUGUAGAUAUUUAUUUCAACAUUUUUUUUUAAAUGUAAAAGUUAAUAAUUCAAAUAUUAAAUUACUGCUUUAGUACCUGUGCUUCAAAGAAUUACUUAAUUUAAUUCGAUACUUAUGUGCUGUGUAGUUGAGUGUAUAUACAAAUACAUUAAAUUCAAUACAGUUGAUUGACUGUUUCGAUGAUGGCCGAAAAACGACAAGGAAGAACCGGCUUAAAGCCUAAAGCGGAGAUCGACAGUGGUACAAGACAUAAGGCUGACCCAAGCCAAGAACCACUGAAGACAUUAACGAACUUUUUUACGGUUGAACCGAUUAUGGUGUUUCAAAUGUCAACAGCAAUAUUGGCUUUUAUGGCGGUUCAAGAUUUUCUUUUCGAAAAAGCAUGUAAAGUGAAUUUUGGAUACAGUGACGAAGUCUGUUCUGCUUUAAAAUCUGGUGACUCGAGCCAGUAUGCAGAAGAAGAGGCUAAUAUACAAAAGCUUACUGGAUCAGUUAUGAUGUGGAGAGGCAUGCUGGAAAAUUUAUUUCCAAUGAUUUUAGCAUGUCUCAUUGGUCCGUGGAGUGAUAAGUAUGGACGUAAAAUUCCGAUGCUUGCGGUAAUGGUCAGCUUCAUUGUUCAGCACGUCCUCCUAAUUGUGUGCGCUUUGGACCCAACUUCAACCAUUGGUGCGAAUAGCGUCGGAUUUAUAUCGUCGUUUAUCGUAUCGUUAACAGGCAACAAUGCCUGUUUUAUCAUGAGUUGCUUCAGUUACAAUUCCGAUACAACACCAAAAGAUAAACUGACGCAAAAAACUGGAAUAACCGGAUGUACCAUUUUCCUUGCAAUUACAGUUGGCAUGGGGUUGUCAGGAGCUUUAUCCUCCUUAGGAUUUGUUAAAAUAUUUACAAUUGCCGCUAUUAUUGAAACAAUCGGCUUUUUGUGGUUACUUUACGGUCUACCGAAUGUUGUACGGGACGAAAAGGUUCUUAAACGUACAACAGUUAAAACCAUGUUAAGCGAAUUGUUCGAUAAACAAAACGUUAUCGAUGCCAUUGGUUCAGGCGUAAAGGCUAGACCAGGAAAUGAUCGUCUAAAAAUUUUGGCCCUUCUCGCAUCGCACUGUCUUAUUAGUGCACCAAUGAUGGGUGAAGGUGCUGUUAUGUACUUAUUUGGCAAAUACAAAUUUGGCUGGGAUGCGCCAGCCUUUGCCACCUUCAUGACCUUCAAAAUGGUUACGGGUUUCAUUGGCAAUUUCGCGUCAAUGAUUAUUUUCGGAAACAAAAUGAAAAUGUCUGAUCCUGCUAUUGGUAUCGUUUCUUGCGCUGCGCAUAUUCUUUCGUGCUUGACCUUUGCCUUUGCAAGUAGCAACGCACUCAUGUAUACCGCACCGAUUGUUGCCAUGAUGGCUGGUCAGUUAAUGUCCUGCGGUCGAUCAAUUAUUUUCAAAACUGUCUCAAGCACCGAAACGGGAAAAAUCAACGCCUUGAUGAGCAGUCUCGACUCAUUAACACCUCUUCUUGCAACGCCAGUUUACAGUUUUGUGUAUUCCGCUACAUUCGAAAACAUGCCGGGAGCUUUCUUUCUCCUUUCCGCCGCAUUUGUUGUGCCACCAGCAAUCGUUUUCUGGAUCUUGUCACACGAAGAGACAAACGAUAAGACAAAGGAUGAAUAAAUCAUUCAUGUUGCAUCGAGACGUAUGAACGACUGAAAUAUCCGAGAUUCGUUCUUGUUUUACGAAAACUAGUUGAGGAGUUGAAUACAAAAAUGUUAUGUGAUUUGAUAGAAGUGCCGGAAUUGGUAAAUAAAAUCGUUACUGUCUUUUGCUGUUAUUCGGUAAAA